CCCUUUUCCCUCUCGUGCCAAGAUCUCAACACCCAAUUCCAGGAAAGUUGUAGCCUAAACCCUUAAAAACUUUUUUUUUUUUAAUUAUUUUAGGUUGUAUAUAUAUAUAUAUAUAUAGUGUUAGGGGUUCUGAGAAUAUAGAUUGUGAAAAAAAUGGGGAAUAGUUUGGGUGGCAAGAAAACAACAAAGGUGAUGAAAAUCGACGGGCAAACGAUGAAGUUCAAGACGCCGGUGUACGCCGGCGAGAUCGUGAAGAAUUAUCCCGGCCACGUUUUAAUGGAUUCCGAGGCGGUGAAGCAUUUCGGCGUCCGGGCGAAGCCGCUGGAGCCGCAGCAGGAGCUGCGGGGCAAGCGGCUGUAUUUUCUCGUUGAGCUGCCUAAGGUGGCUGAGGAGAGGGCGGCGCCGGUUCGGCGCGUCCGGUCCGGUUCGAUUCACAUGAGCGCCAAGGACCGGCUCGAGAGCCUAAUGCUGGCGCGCCGCUCCGCGUCGGACCUGUCGCUGAUGAAGCCGGCUAGCAUUCCGCUCGACCGGACGCCGCCGAUGCAGACGCCGGAAAACGGCGGCGGCGUGCGGGUGAAGCUGCGGCUGCCCAAGGCGGAGGUGGAGAAGCUGAUGAUGCAGAGUAAGGACGAGGGUGAAGCCGCCGAGAAGCUAAUGCAACUUUGCAUUGCUAAUAAUGGAAACGGCGGCGCCGGCGCCGGCUUUGCUACCAAAACGGAUCAGAUUCAUCCUCAGCCGCGCUGCGAUCAAGGGAUAAUCAAGAAAAGUUCCAAAUCACGCGAGAAGCGGGUAGGAUUCUUGCCAGUUAGCGAAGGAGAGAUCCGCCAUUUAGCCGUUGCAUCUUGACGACAAUUCAAGUGCAUUAUCAUACAUUAAUUAAUUAUAUUAAUAUUAUUUAGUACUCUAAUGUUUCCUCUCCGAAUUCCCUGACCAGAGUAUACUCUCAGCUACUAUCAUGUUUUGUCCCUUCAUCAAUCUAUAGCUUGUAAAUUAAAUGCAAUGAAACUCUGCUGAGAAUGGGAUUUUAUUUUUUAGGUGAAUUAUGAGAGAGAGAAAAAGAGAGUUUUGGAAUUUAACUAUUUCUCAAUACACUUCUAUUGGUCACAACUUUUUUA